GUCGCUGAUCGCACGGGCUACUCGCUUUCUCACAAUUCACCAAUCGAAUUAUUGGGAUCUUGUUAAUAUCCUAUAGCGAUACACAACAUACAGAUACUUUGACAACUAUUACUCACUAUUUCCUUAAGGAAGUUCUUCUUGUCAAUAAAGUUCACAUCCACACCGAUCGGGCAUUAAUCGCCAGGGCGUCGGGGCGAACUGUCAAGUUUUGUUCACGAUCUAAACACGUCGCAUCCGAGAGAUGUCUGUUUGUUGAUAGUGUUGCUACGCUAGGAGGAUAACGCUCAUUUGGCGCGACGACGGUGUUAUCUUCUAGACCGGGGUGUCCAAUAAAGAGUCUGCAGUGGGGGAAUCUCGUGCUUCGACAUAUCUGACAUUACAUAUUACUUGAUUUUACGAUCGGAUAAUAGUUGCCAGUCGAGCCGAAGCUACGACGGAGGCCAGCUAGGAGUUUCUCAUCGAUAUUCGUCUCGCGAGGAACACAGUGGUAGAGCUCAGCUGUGACAUCAGAAGAAAUCCAUACGAGGGAUGUACUUGUCAGCGCAAGUGAAUGAGACGGCCGAACGACUGAAUUAUCGAAUUUAAGCGGCUAAAGGAUCUCAAGGAUUCUGCCCUGGGCCUGGUAAUUCGUGCUGCCUGGAGAAUCGCCGGUCGGUACUAAUAACUUGUGUAACGCCGAAAUUAGAUUAGAGCCCAGGAUCGACUGACCAAAAAAAAAAAAAAGAAAAGAAAAGAACUAAAAGAGUUGCAGCAGACGCAAGCAAAGGUGUUAAACACGUGACUUGUAUCGGUCGCUUCUCCUACCGGUAUCGUCUCAAGAUAUUAGAUAGCAGGAGUCACUUGGAGAAAACAGAUCGUCACUGCUGACCUGAACCGAUCGUCGGAUCGCCCGGUUGAGCGAGAUCACUCUUCGGAAUCGCUAUGGAGAACACAAACACCUCGAUAUCAACGGAAGCACUGAAGAACAGGAGGGUGUCGAUCAGCGAGCAGACACUUGGAAUCGAUAACGCGGCGUUCGAGCACAAUCGAAAGGUUAGCGGAGCUUCGGAGCAUAAUUCGGAACAUAGUAGACGAAAGUCCAUUCUCCAUCACGGCGGGAGCAACGCCGGCAGUGCCGAGAAUAUUCACCAGUACAAAUUUGAGUUGGAGAACGGGAGGAUCAAUGGCAACAGGAAGCGAUCGGGCCUGAGUCUUUCCAGCUCGAUCAGAGACAAGAUCGAAUAUUCCGAGCAACUCGAGAGCUCGUGGCUCUAUCUGUUUUGCGCUCGAUGUCACGGACGUGACAACACACCGUCAUGGGAGCCGCCAGGCUGGAAAAGAGCCUGUCCACAGCCAUUCUGCCCCACGUACAGGAAGUUCGCAAGGAUACUGUGUCUCUUCCUGCUGGGCCUACUGCUCUGGGGAGUGACCUACUCGAUCAUCGGCGAUGACGUAGCACCGGGUGGUCCUCUCUUUAGUUUGGCCACCCUGAGCAUCGCUGCGCACUUUGGCGGAUGGCUCUUUUCACUGACGACCCUUCCGGCCCUCAUAGGGAUGCUCCUCACCGGCCUCAUCCUCCAGAACACAGGGCUGAUAAGCAUCGAAGGAAACUACUCGGUCGUCGUCUCGAAUCUUAGGAAAAUUGCUUUGGUAAUAAUUUUAACUAGAGCCGGCCUCGACCUCGAUCCAAACGCUCUGAAGAAGCUGCGAAUCACGGUCCCAAAGUUGGGUCUUAUCCCAUGGUUCGCAGAAGCCGGAGCGGUGGCUGUGACCACGUAUUUUUUGCUCGGGUUACCAUGGGUAUGGGGUUUACUCCUGGGAAGCAUCAUAUCUGCUGUUUCGCCGGCCGUCGUUGUACCUUGUCUCUUUAGACUCCGCAACAAGGGAUACGGCGUUGCUAAGGGAAUUCCCACCCUUAUUAUUGCUGUUGCUGGAAUCGACGACGCAGCAUCCGUGGCGAUUCAUGGAAUCAUCCAGAGCAUCAUGUUCUCCGACGAUGCCCUUUGGUACCAGAUACUCCAAGGUCCGAUCGCCAUCUUCGGUGGGCUGGGAUUUGGAAUCAUCUGGGGUUGCCUUGCCAAAUACGUACCGGAGAAGGGAGACUCUUUCUUGGUUCCCCUACGAAUUUUGAUGCUCCUCGGAGGGGGGUUGAUCGCUGUCUUCGGCAGCGAAUCCAUCGAACUUGGCGGCGCUGGACCGUUGGCCGUCGUCGCUGCAGCCUUCGUCAGCUGUUACUUCUGGCAGCAGGAAGGAUGGGAUGUCGAUGACAAUCCCGUAGCAACGUGCUUCGAGAUUUUCUGGAUGAUGUUCGAGCCGAUCUUGUUCGGCAUAACCGGAACUCAGAUAAAGAUCAACGAACUGGAGGGCAGCACCGUGUACCUCGGUCUGGCAUGCUUGAUGGCUGGUAUCAUCAUACGUAUCGCCGUAACCGUUCUUGUUGGGAUUGGAUCAAGACUCAAUCUCAAGGAGAAGAUCUUCGUGUCCUUGUCCUGGAUGGCCAAGGCCACCGUGCAGGCUGCUCUAGGUCCAGUGGCUCUCGAUAUCGUGGCGUCUACCAAUUCGGAACAGGUCCGCUACGCCGAGAUGGUCCUGAUGCUGUCGGUCCUCUCGAUAUUGUUAACGGCGCCGGCAGGUGCCAUCAUCAUCACGCUGUCCGGUCCGAAACUCCUGACGAAGGUGACUGCUCCAGUGGCGCCACCGGAGGGUUGGAGACACCGCAGACAGUCCAUCCGAGAUAUAUCCAUCAUCAACGAAGAUCCUGAUCUGGAAGACAAGGCUGAGGAAGGGAAACCCUGAAGGCUCGUGUUCCAGGUGACAGACAGCUGGUGAAGAAACCGUCGAGACUCUUUCCUCCUUCCAUUCGGUCCACAGUUCUCGAGUUCGCGUGGUUUCUACUCGCUGCCUAUGUACAGCUUCUGAGAGACGAUAAGAUGGUUCUGGUGACGUUGCCUGUGACGCGUCACGGCCAAGUGCCUUCGAUAGUUUGCAUUCAGGAAUACGUUUACGAGUUUUAAUCGUCUGGAAAAUUGUAAUUACACAUUUAGAUACUUAUAAUCAAAUUAGAGUAUAGACAUCUAUGGCGGUACAUCCCUCACGUGUGAAAGCUUGUGUGAUGCGAUUAGAAAUCUAGAAACUUGAUAUCAGGAUCGUGUUAAAUCAGCGAGACUAUUUCGCGUCUUGUAGAUAUACCUGUAUACAUAUAUGUAGAUAUAUCAGAGAUACGUACGCAUGCGCAUGGGCAUUCAUAUAUAUAGAUACGCAGAUACGUAGAGAUUCAAUGUAGAGCUGGAGCUUGCGGGGAGUAAAUAAACAGAGAAGCAUCGUUUAGUCUUUCCGGAUAAAUUGUUCCUCCGCAAGUUGAAGUAAGCAUGAGAAGCUGAGAAUUUGAAUAAUAAACUUAAUUUUUUUUUUGGAUAAAGACCA